AUGGAUGCUCAAGGACAGGUACAAGAACAAGGCAAGCACAUCGUUGCACUUCCCUACAUCCCACAGAUCCUAGAAUCUCCAAAAUUUGUAGCUCUGAGAUCUGAGCCAGAAAGCACACUGCUGUGGAUAACUGAUUCUUCUUCCACAGCUAAAGCACUGCAAUUUAAGACUGUUCUAACUGCAGUUAGAACUUGCUGGAAUAUUCAAAAGCCACUACGAUCCAGCACCGACCUCCUGAAUUUGUUCGGGGCAAGUUUCAUCUCGGACUGUCCCGGCUCCCUUCUGAGCGCUGUCCCCCUCCCGGGAGGCGGCAGCCGGUUCAUCCCUUCCCUCCCCGCUAAGCCGCCAGCCUCUGGGACCCCAAAUCGCGCACUCGCAACGGGAAACUUGCUUCCUUCCCCGUUUCCAGCUGCAGAGCUGGCGAGUGGGGCAAGCCGGGCCGCCCGGCGGCCAUGGGGAGGCAACAUCAGCCCAGCCAAGGGGAAGCCACGGCACACGCGGCCGGUCAGCGGUGCAAGGGCCCGGCGGCGGCUCGGAGCAGGGGGCGGAGGAGGCCGGGCAGGGCCGCUUGCCCGCGGGGAGGCGCUGGGGACAGAGCGGCCCGACCUAAUGCCGCCUCGGCGGGACGCGCCGCCGAGCCCCGCCGCCGAGGAUGGGGCGAGUUCCAACCCGAGCGCCGCGGGGCGGCCCCGACCCGGCCCCUCCGCCCCGACCCGGCCCCUCCGCCCCGUUACCUGCGCGCUCCAACCCCGCCGCCGCCGCCGCAACAAAGCCGCGGGCGGACGGGGGAGGGGCGCGCGCGCCCGCCGCCCUCGGGAGCGCGCGGCGGCGAGGCCACGGCCCGGGGGCGGGGCCAGGCGGCGGGACCGGGGCGCGGGGGCACUGGGUCCCAGCAGCGGUGAGGGAGAAGGAUGUGCGCUGUACAGCGGUGAGGGAGCAGGAUGUGCGCUGUACCAGCCCCGAGGCGGGAGUGCCCAGCCCGAGCCUCAGCAGGCGACCGGCUGCCGUCCGCCGCCGACAGCGCCACAGCCGCGCUCCCCGCCCCAGCCUGGGCGAUGGCAGCGCCGGCCGUCCCGGCUCUGCGCUCAGAGAGAGAGAGGCAGCCGCUUUGCCGGCUUGAAACGAUCGCCCGUGGCUGCGAGCCCGUGCCCUGCCCGGGGCCGCCCUCUGCCCGGGGCCGGCUGCCAAAGGCCGCCGCGGGGCCGCGCAGCCCGGGCCCCCGCCCCCGGCGUUCGCGGCCCCCCCUCCCGCCCGCAGAUAACCUCGGCCCCCCCGGCCCUUCCCCACCCGCCCAGGGCGGACUCGGCCCAGGCUCGGCAGCCGCUCUCCAGGCGCCAGCUGCCUCUCGUCGCCGCCGCGGCGCAGGCAAGGAUGGCUCGGCAGCCCCGGGGCUUUCUGCAGGAGGCCUCUCACCAAGUCGUCGCCGGAGGCUCGGCGGGUCUUGUAGAAAUUUGCCUGAUGCAUCCCCUUGAUGUAGUGAAAACAAGGUUCCAAAUUCAAAGAGGGAAAACUGAUCCAACCAGUUACAAGAGCCUGGGGGACUGUUUUAGGACUAUUUUCCAACGAGAAGGAUUACUCGGCUUCUACAAAGGAAUACUUCCUCCUGUCUUGGCUGAGACACCCAAAAGGGCGGUGAAGUUUUUUACCUUCGAACAAUACAAGAAGCUACUGGGAUAUGUGUCAUUGCCCCCAGGACUGGCAUUUGCAGUUGCUGGCUUGGGAUCUGGGUUGACAGAGGCAGUUGUGGUUAACCCAUUUGAAGUAGUGAAGGUUACCUUACAGACCAAUAAGAGCACCUUCACAGAGCAACCAUCUAGCUUUGUUCAAGCUCAGCAGAUCAUUAAAACUGGUGGUCUGGGCUUCCAAGGACUCAACAAAGGCCUUACUGCAACACUGGGCCGUCACGGAGUUUUUAACAUGGUUUACUUUGGAUUCUACUUCAAUGUGAAAAACAUUCUUCCAGUCAAUAAAGAUCCAAAUUUGGAGUUUUUGAGGAAAUUUGGAAUUGGGCUGUUCUCAGGAACAAUAGCCUCAAUUAUUAACAUUCCUUUUGAUGUUGCAAAAAGUAGGAUUCAAGGACCACAGCCAGUUCCUGGAGAGAUCAAGUACAGAACCUGUUUUAAAACUAUGGCAACAGUCUAUAAAGAGGAAGGAUUUCUAGCUUUGUACAAAGGCUUGCUUCCCAAGAUCAUGAGGCUGGGUCCAGGUGGAGCAGUGAUGCUUUUGGUUUACGAAUAUGUUUAUGCAUGGCUUCAGGACACAGUUAAUCACAAGUAGCACUUCUGAAAAAAUGUACCCUUUAAAACUGUAUGCAUUCUAAAAUACACUAUAAUAAAGCAAAAGUGAUUCU